AUGUCUAAGAUUCGCUGGAAUAGUGUUGGGCGUAAGAGCAGUAAGGAUGAUAUAUUACCAUUCAAUACCGGUCGUCGACAAACAAUGCCUGUGAAGACAUCAUUAUCGGCUCCAUCGUCAGCAAAUGCUGGUCGUCGAAAGAACAGCCUUCGUUCUUCAUUACGUGCAAUAAAUAUUAUUGGCUCAGAUGAUAGUCCAGUUUAUAACAUGCGACAAGAUUGUAUUGCUUGGCAAACUAUGUCACAACACUUGAGUCUUCAAUUGGCAGAAAGACGUAGAUAUGAAUUAGCUCGUCAUCGUAAUCGAAUGAUAUCAUCACCUGAAGAACAUCAGAAUCAUGUCACUGUACUAAUGGAUAAAACCGAUGUCUUGAAAGUGCCAUCGAAGACCACGAGAGACAAGUCAACAUAUCUUCCUUCCAAUACCGACGAUAAUGCAUUGGAAUUAGAUGAAGAUAUUAUUGAAGAUUCAUCAUUAAUGAAGGUCGAUACGCAUAUUAUACCUAUGGAGAAAUUAGUUGAACGAUUUAAUAGCGACUUGACAAAAGGUUUAACAAAUGAUAUAGUAACAGAACAUCGUACUACAUUCGGAGAAAACAAACUUACACCAUCACACAAACCAAGUCUCUUAUGGAUGUUUAUCAAACAACUUCUUAUCGGUUUCAAUGGUAUCUUAUGGAUUGCAACUCUAUUCGCCUUUCUUAGCUACAAACCAUUUGGCGAACCAAGUCCUGAUCCUACCAAUUUAGGAUUGGGUGUAAUACUUGUGCUUGUCAUUGUUUCUAAUGCUCUCUUUAACUUCUAUCAAGAAGUGAAAUCAAUGAAAAUAGUGGCAUCUUUUUCAAAAAUGCAACCAACAACUGCUACUGUCAAAAGAAAUGGUGCUGAAAUACAAAUCAAUGCAGAAGAACUUGUACCUGGUGAUAUAAUUCGUGUUCGUCUUGGUGAAAAAGUUCCAGCCGAUUGUCGAAUUGUUACAUGUGAUGAUCUUCAAGUGAAUACUUCACAAUUGACUGGCGAAUCAGCACCUGUAAUUUGUACAAUUAAAUGUACAAAUCGAAACUUUUUAGAAUCGACGAAUAUCAUUUUUUAUUCAUCACUCGUCGUACAAGGAACAGGUGAAGCUAUAGUUGUUAAUACUGGAGAUAGUACCAUUCUUGGACACGUUGGAAAAAUGACACGAAAUACCAGUGGAUCGGAAAUAACUGGACUUCAUCGGGAAAUUAAUCGUUUCGUAUUGUUUGUUAUAGCUGCAGCACUUUUAUCUAUUUUUCUUUUAUGGAUUACUUGGGCUGCUUGGCUUAAUAUUAAACAGAAUGGAUAUAUUUCAUUCAAUGGAAAUAUUGUUAAUUCAAUUGGUAUGGUCGUAUGUUUCAUUCCAGAAGGUUUACCAGCUGCUGUUACUCUUGUAUUAACUAUUGUUGCAAAACGAAUGUAUAAACAAAAAGUAAUGGUCAAAAGUCUAGCAACUGUUGAAACAUUUAAUUCAGUUUCUAUAAUUGCUACAGAUAAAACUGGAACAUUAACGAUUAAUCAAAUGACAAUUACUGCUCUUCUAUGGGGAACUCAAGGAGAAUAUAUGAUUCCAAUUCAUACCAAUAAUGAACCGAAUGUCACAUUGAAUAAUGAAGAACAUAUAAUCGAUCGAAAGCGACCAUCAUUAAAUGCAGAAAAUAUUCCAACUGCUAUGAAAGAUUUAAUUCUUGGUGCAUGUCUUUGCAAUAAUGUUGUCAAACAACCAUCUUUAAUUAACGGAAAUGGCAUUGAUAAUCCAAGUCUUGAAAGUAACACUAAUGAUACAUAUUUAGAGAAGAAUGAAAUAGUGGGAGAUGCAGCUGAUGUAGCACUUUAUCAUUUCUGUAAUGAUAAAUGUUCAGUCGAUAUUGAACAAGUGAAAAAAACAAAUCCACGUAUUAAUAUUCUUCCAUUUAAUUCAAAAAAUAAAUUUAUGAUUACUGCUAAUAUUCUUGAACAAACAUCAACUAGUCUUGAUAAUGAUGCAACCGUACUUGUUACACUUAAAGGUGCACCUGAUUUUAUUCUUUCACGAUGUUCAACAUACAAACAAGAUUCAAGUGAUGAAAUAUUGCCGAUAACCGAAGAAUUUCGAUCUUCUAUUCAACAACGACAAGAAACACUUGGAAAAUGUGGAUAUCGAGUGAUUGGAAUGAUUCAACAGAAGAUGAAAAAGAGUCAAUACAAUGCUUUAAUAGAAACAUAUAAAACAAGUAAAAAACAACAUCAACAAAAACAAACAGAAUUAAUCUCUAAUGAACCUGAUCUUAAUGGAUUACCAGGAGAUAAUUAUUGUUUUAUCGGUAUGUUCUCAUUACUUGAUCCAGCUCGUCCCGAAGUACCUGAUGCAGUAAUCAAAGCACGUCGUGCUCAUAUUCGUGUAGCUAUGGUUACUGGUGAUCAUCCAACUACAGCAGCUUCAAUUGCUAAAAAAGUGAAUAUUCUUUCCAAAGAAAUUAGUAUCGAUCAUGGUAUUGAUACAUUUAAAAUUGAACAUAAUAAUGAGACAGGUCAAAUAAUGGCUCAUUUUAUGCGUGAUACGAACACAUGUCUUGAAACUCAUAUUGUUAGUGAAGUAAUGACAUCUAUUCAAGUGAAGGGUAUUAAAACAACGUCUAAUAUGAAAAUUAAAUCAAAUAUUUUCAAACGUAUUUGGGCUUGUAUCCUCUUCUAUCUACGAGAUCCAAAUCAAGUUAAAGAUAUAGACAAACUUAAAUUAAUUCCUUAUGGUGUUGUUGUAAUUGGCGGUGAUAUGCAUUCGAUGGAUGACUAUAUGUGGGACUGGGUUUUAUCCCAUCAAGAGAUUGUCUUUGCUCGGACAUCACCUGAACAGAAAUUACGUAUUGUUAUGGAGUUUUUAAAGAGAGGCGAAGUAGUGGCAGUAACUGGAGAUGGAACAAAUGAUGCACCAGCACUUAAACAAGCCGAUCUCGGUGUAGCAAUGGCUGCUGGAACGGAUGUAGCCAAAGAAGCUGGUGAUAUGAUCUUGCUCGAUAAUAACUUUUCCUCAAUUAUCACUGCUAUUGAAACAGGUCGAUUAUUAAGUGAUAAUUUGAAAAAAGUUGCAAUCUAUUUAUUACCUGGAGGUUCUUGGUCAGAAGUAAUUCCUGUAUUUUUUAACAUUUGGUUAGGUAUUCCACUUCCACUAUCUCUCUUUUUGGCUAUCAUCUUUUGUAUGUUCAACGAUGUUGUUAAUUCAUUAGCAAUGGUUUCAGAAGAAGCUGAACAAGAUAUAAUGUCGCGCCCACCUGCUAUUCGUCAUAGAACACAUUUAAUUGAUUGGAAAUUACUUGUUCACGCUUACUUGGUUGUGGGAAAUAUCGAAUGUUUUGCUGCUUUCUUCUGCUUCUUCUGGUAUUAUUCAUCGCAAGGUAUUCCUUUGAACAGCAUAUUUUUCACGUACGCUAAUUAUAGUAAAAAUCCUCCAAUUGCUAAAACACCGGAAGAAUUAUUAAUCAUUCAACAAACUGGUCAAUCUAUAUAUUAUGUAGCAUUAUGUGUUAUGCAAAUGUUCAAUCUACUAGCAACACGUACACGACAUAUAUCAUUCUUCAAUCAUAAUCCAUUCUUCGGAAAAGGACGUAAUUGGACUAUUCUAUUAGGUAUAUUAUUCUCAACUAUCGUUUGUGUAAUCGUCGUACGAGUACCAUGGUUUAAUUCAAUGUUUAAAACAGAACCAGUAUCAAUUAAAUAUAUUUGCCCGGCGUUAGCAUUUGGAGUCGCACUAUUUCUAUUCGAUGAAAUACGUAAAUAUCUUGUACGUCGAUAUCCAAAAUCAUUUUUGGCUAAGAUGGCUUGGUAA